AUGACCCCUCCACUCCUCCGUCUCCUUGAAUCCAUUCUCAUCGACUCUCGCGAUGAAAGCAACUCCAGGGAAGUUAUUACCAUGGCGCAAUCAAUGGGCCUCUUCCUGAACAUGAUAGAAGGCAUGGGUCUUUACGCGUUUGGGGCAGUUGACGACGAUUUUCUCUUAUCGUUCUAUCCCGCUGAUCGUCCGCUUACCAACCACGCCAUCAUCAAGAUCAUAUACCCAGAGGCCAUCGAGAAGGAGAAAAGAAUGAGAAUUAGCCAUAUCACUUCAACACAGCCGUCGAGAUGGACAACGACAACGUGGGAUCAUACCGCGAAAAUGAUUAUUCACAAACUCGACCAGAUGGGCAUUGAUUGGGCGGCCGUUGAAUGCUUCCAGAGCGAGGGCGAAAGGGCGGGUGUGAGGUGCACUGAGAUAACGGUGGUUAUAACUGUCUACGCCUUGCCGAUGAUCAAUUGGGUGUUUCUGAAACUAAUCCAUGAUAUCCAUGCGAUGACGGAAGCUCGUGUUGAGAUAUGCGUUGGCAAGCUAGUGAGACAUGAUGGUAUGGUGGUUGAUACUUUUACGGAUCAGACGUUUCUACCACCUGGAAGUAAUGUCUCGUUCCACUAUGUGGUUGGGGAGUUCUCUGGUGGGAUAAUUGGGGGCAUCAUAGAGCUGGUUGAUGGUGAUGGUACAUGUCAAAAACUAUGUGCAUUGACUUGCCGGUCUUAUCUGCCAUCAACAAUGCUUGUACAGGACGUCGAUUCUGGUCUAGGUUCAAGCCGUACACCAUUACAGCAAUAUGGAACCAUCACCUGUUCAUAUCCCAGCAAUCAUUCGUGGUUCCAACAUGUCUCUGAUGCCUCAAGAGAAUUAAAAUGGCUUCACAACGUGAUCGAAGGGAUCGAAAGGGACUGGAUAGCGGAUUGUGGGCCGCAUUUUAUGUCUCACCAACGAGCCUAUUUACAGUCCAAGAAAGACGAAGCACACAAGAUGAAGCAGAUUAUCUCCGAUGAUAGUCUCAGUAUCGGCACAGUCUGCGCAUUUUCAGGCACACGCAUAUCUCACAAUCAUCAUCUCGACUGGGCACUCGUUGAUUUGGAGGGAGCCCGGGACCAACUUGAGAGUGUAAAUAUGAUUCGAGAGUCGUUGUCAUUCGACCAAAUCAAAAUGCCGCCAACCAGCACGGAAACACUCAAACCCGGCUCCGCUGUCUACAAAGCGAAAUACCCGGAUCUCACGGGAGGUCACGUCAGCUAUACAAAAAGCUAUGUGCGUUACAAAGAUCAGGAAAGUGAUAAGGUCAUAGUCGCCGCUGAAUGGGCAGUUAUCCCAGCCCGGAAUCACCAACGAUUCAGUGAGCCCAAGGACUGCGGUGCGUGGGUCAUAGAUCUUGUUAACAAUACAGUUGUUGGGGUGAUAUAUGCCUUGAACACUGCAACUGGGGUGGCGUAUGUUACUCAAAUACAGGAGAUAUUUGAUGAUAUUGAAAAGGAUACAGGGCUGACCGUGCGUUUACCGAAGGGAGUUGGGUGUUAG